AUGUCACAAGAGAGAUGGCAAAGCAUGAUGUGAGGAUAAGAAGUGGGAAUGGGAACGUUCAUAGGGAUCAGGGAAUCAUUGAGCGAUUCAAUCGAACUUUAGGUUAAUGCCUCUUCACUUUCCAAUACAGUCGAGAGAUAAACUUCAAAGAGAAAAAGAGAUCAACAGAAUGGAUGAAAAGGCUUCUUAAACUUGUUUCAGCUUUGAAUGGUGAAGUGACCAGGUUGACAAGAAAAAACCUAUAG